AUGAAUCCUGGGAUUUAUCACCAUUUUGGUUUAGCCUCGGGUAUUAAAAAAUAUGCACCAGAAAACUUAUUAGAGUUGAAAAUCGCUGUUGGAAUCGAUGGUUUGCCCUUGAGUAAAAGUAGUGGAAAUCAGUUUUGGCCAAUAUUGGCCUAUAUUAUUACACAAUGUUCAACCAAAAAAGUUUUUCCGAUAGGAAUUUACUAUGGCCAAAGUAAACCAGAAGACAGCAAUGAAUUUCUUUCUGAAUUUGUCACAGAAGCUGAAGAUUUGAUAACAAAUGGAAUUAGAAUAAAUAAUGUUAUUAAAAAAAUAUCUAUAAGUUUCAUUUGUUGUGAUUCUCCAGCUAAAGCAUUUGUUUUACGUGUUAAAACCCAUUCAGGAUUUCAUUCAUGUACCCGUUGUUUCAUUAAUGGUGAUUAUCAAAAAAACAGAGUUUGUUUUCCAUACUCUAACAGGAAAUUUCCCUUAAGGGAUCAUAGUUCAGUUAUAAAUAUGGUGGAUGAAGAUUAUCAUACAUCAGAAUUACCUUCAGUUUUAACAAAAUUAAAUGAUUUUGAUUUAGUAAAAUCAUUACCACUUGAUUAUAUGCAUUUAGUCUGUUUGGGAAUAACAAAAAAGUUAUUGUUGCUUUGGAAAUCUGGGCCUUUAAAAACACGUUUACCCUCUAAAGAUAUUAAAAAAAGAGUAGAAGUCUCCUUGAAGUUGGACGCUGGAAAGCUGUUGAGCUACGAUUUUUUUUACUUUAUUCAGGGCCAGUUGUUUUAA